CAGAUUUUCGUGCCGAUUGAGCCCUUGAGGGACGCGCAGUUUAUUCUCCUGCGCCGCAGCCACCUCCAGGACGCCGGCGUGCCCUGCCUUCUCCCCGGAGCUAAAAGUUUACAGAAGAAGCCAGCUAUGAGGACUCCUGGUCAUGCUAAGAAGGUGAAAAAUGUGACGAAUGAUGCAAUUGACGGCAAGCGGGGCAUGAUCUACAUUCCAGACCAGAAGAUUUCAAAAUUGACCUUAACAAAAGACAUAAAGGGUCUGAAGCAGGAGCGCCGUGACGCCAAGAAAAACAAGGGGCACUUGAAGAAGCAAAAGCUGAGGAAGAAGAAGAAGCCCGCUCCCAAGAGUGCAAAAUGAAGGCGAGUGAAAGCCAUGACUCAAGUGACACGCACCAGCUGAACCAAUUGUCUCCUUAGCGUCUUAACAUCGUCCGUAAAAUUUAAGCUUUGUACUGGCUACCUUAAAGUCACUGCCGGGUUUAAACACCUUAAUCAUCACAGCGAUCUUUUGAAAAUAGUUUCUGCCAAAUGCAAGGUCUUAUGUAUGGGUCUAGUGUAGUGUCAAAAACACUCUUAUAUUAUGGGGCGGAGGGAGUAGCAUUCUUUUUCUUUUAUGAGUAGAUUUUUAAUUGUAGUACUGCUAUUUGCAGCAUCUUAUCUCAAUAUAGCAACCACUGCCUAUGAAACAACAACCUUUGUAGAAAGGGGAUUGUUGAUGGGAGAGGAUUGUG